GCUGAGAGGCUUUGCGGCGUCGGUGAAAAUCUCUGGGAAAAAAAUUGUAAAAUAAUCGAUUAGAAAUUGUUGAAGAAGCACAUUCACCCGCAUAUCAGUAAAUUUGAAGAGGUAAAGUGUCGGUUUAAAAAGCGUGGAUUGUUUCUAUUCGCCGAAGGAGCAAGGGCCAUGAAAUAGCGUCAGUGAAGGAGGAACGAACGGCCCGUGAGAAGUGGGAGCUCGAAAGCUGCGCAAUCUGCUUGUCUCUUAUUCUUUUACAAGAGGAUUUAACUUCAUUUUCCUGUUCAAUCUGGAUUUAAAAUUUAAUCCUGAAGGAAUAUGAAGGAGAAAGACGUGUCGCCCAAAGCUGGUGGUAAACGAGGGGAAGAAAGGCGAGGAGGCCACCACCAACAGCCCAGGAAAAUAGGGAAUAAUCAUAACAGUAUCAACAGGAACAACAAAACCCAUGGCACUGCCAAGCGAACUCGCAAUGUUAGUGGCAAAAGGACCAAUAACAGAGAUUAUGAUGUUUAUGCACCCAACCGAACUGCUAAUAACUUGAGUCUUUCUUCUGCUUCCUCAAGGACUAGUAGGAAUGAGAGGCAACCUGGUGAAUAUAAAACUUUGAAGAUCAGCAAUCUGGGUUCCCAGUUGAGUGAUGGUGCAAUUGAGGAUGGUCUUUUCCAUGAAUUUAAGAAGUUUGGGGAUGUUAGUGUGAAAAUAUCCAGGGAUGGGGAUGAAAGAGUGGCAUUGGUGAAUUUCAGGCACUCUGAGGAUGCAAAGGCUGCCAGGCAUGCCAAGGGCAGAUUGGUGCUACAUGAUCGUCCUCUAAAAAUUGAAACUGUUUAUCCUCCACCGAAAGGAAGAAGUUACUCGCCUGAACUGGAUGGGUAUUCUGCACCCAGUGUCCAGGCCAAUCGUCAUAGACAGAGAUCUCUGUCUCCAACAGGGCUUGGUUAUAGAGAACACAGAGCUCAACAACGCAGUUCUUUGGGACGUCAGAUAGCGCCGCCACCACCACCACCACCCGCCACCACCUCCCAGAGAGACUUGGAGAGAGAGCGUGAUUAUGCCUUUUAUGAAGGUCGGAGUCGAGCUGCUUAUGCUCUUGAGAGGACUACAUUUAGGGAAGAUGAAAUCUUGCCAGAAGAUGACAAGCGAGCUAAUAGGACGUUGUUUAUCGGAAACCUGGAUCCUUCUGUUUCACAAAAUGAUCUUUUGCUUGCAUUUGAGCGGUUUGGUGUUAUCUUGGAGGUGGAUAUCAAAAGGCCACCACGAGGGCAAGGAAAUUCAUAUGGCUUCCUGAAAUUUGAAAACUUGGACAUGGCUCACAGAGCUAAGAUUGCAAUGUCUGGCAAAGUGAUUGGGAGAAAUCCCAUCAAGAUCGGUUAUGGGAAAGCAACUCCUACACGCUUGUGGGUUGGGGGAUUAGGUGCCUGGGUUCCUGUAGCUGGUCUUGCGAGGGAAUUUGACCGCUUUGGUACCAUAAGGUCAAUUGACUAUAGAAAGGGAGACAGUUCUUACAUUCAGUAUGAAAGCUUGGAUGCUGCUCAAGCAGCCUGCACUCAGAUGCGUGGCUUUCUUGGUGGACCAGAUCGGCGGCUAAGAGGAUUUGCUGACACAGAGCACCGAUAUCCUCAACAGUAUCUACAAGCCUUGCCUCUUCCUCAUUUUGAUUUGAUUGGGGAUGGCCUUCUUCCUCGUGGUGCAGAGUGUCUGAGGGGUAGGGAAAGAACUCCUCCCCCAAUGCAUUUUCGAGAAAGGGACCUUUUUCCAGGCAAUGACUGGCAUGUUCUUUCUGUUCGGGAAAGAAAUAGAAGUAGCCGAACAUUUGAGCACCUUGAUCGUGAAGUCCGGGAUAGCUGGUCUCUUGAACGUGACCGCGAACAUAUUUUGCAGAAUUGGGACCAAAGAAGGAAAAGGAGAGGACCUGUGGAUGUGCGCCCUACUGAUUGCUCACCCAGUAAUGAUAGGUCCAGAAAGCGCCGCUGUGUUUCUCCAGAUCGCAGCCCAGGUAAUAGCAGCCGUGAUGGCGGGCGUCAUAGUGACUCUGACCGUGAUGCAAAGAAUGAGCGAUAUUCACCCAAUAGAGACCGACGUAACAGUACAGAAAAAAUCUCUUGUGGUAAGCAUGAGAUCAAAGCCAUAAGCUUACUCGAAAAGGAGAAAGAUCGCAAGCAUAGAACUAUAGAGUGCGUGAGUCCCCUGAGGAGCAAAUCAAAAUCUGAUCUCAAUGCCAAAGCAUCUGACAGCUUCCAGGAAUAUGAUCGCAAAUUGAACGUAGCCUGGCAUGGAAUGCUAGUUCUGAAAAAUAGUUCUUUCUCAACAAACAUGCACUUCCUCGAGGGUGAUCUGAGCGUUGCAACCAAUUUAUUAGUGGACGUCUCAACUGGUGGAAAGGUAGCACAGUUAAAAAUCACUCAGCGCUUACGACUAGAUCAGCCUAAAUUGGAUGAGGUAACGAGACGCAUCAAAGCAUCAGGCACUAAUGGUUAUUGUGUCCUGUUGGCCGUACCAGCUUUAAACAGCAUGGAAAAUGUGGAAGGAAUGUCCACUGGUUUAGAGCAAGCCACUUCACCACAGCGACCACUGAGGAACUUGGUGUCCUACCUAAAACAAAAGCAGGCUGCUGGAGUCAUUAGCCUGCCUGUUGGAGGCAGCAAAGAGAAGGACCACACAGGUGUGCUCCAUGCUUUUCCUCCAUGUGAUUUUUCUCAACAGUAUCUGCACUCUGCUCGAGCCCUGGCCAAAUCUGAAGAAGACUGUCUAGUUAUAAUAAUUGUACGUGGUGCAGCUUAGAAUUGAAAUUGUACUGUCUGCUGUGGUUGUGUAUUGUGAUAUGUAUGGAUACAAAGAGGGUAAAAUUCACCAAACUACUAAAUAAAAGAGCUGUCAGAGGCUUUAACCACAUUGUAUACAAAGGGAUUUAUCUACUGAAAAAAAUACUAAUAACUGGUUUUAUAGCCUUGUCUCUGAUACAAGGUCUUCAGCCAGUUAAUAGUAAAAUACAAUAGUUAUGUGAAAUCUUUUGCCCACCAUCUCAGCAUGUGCUCACCUACACCAGAUUUGGCCACUGUACUAUAGU